AUGUGGAUUCAUAAUGGGGAGGGAAGAAGCAUGUCCCGUCUGUCUCUAACACGGUCCCCGGUUUCUCCUCUGGCUGCUCAAGGAAUUCCUCUCCCAGCUCAACUCACCAAGUCGAACGCUCCCGUGCACAUCGAUGUAGGAGGACACAUGUACACCAGCAGCCUGGCUACCUUGACAAAGUACCCAGACUCCAGAAUAAGUCGUCUGUUUAAUGGCACAGAGCCUAUUGUCUUGGACAGUUUAAAACAACAUUAUUUCAUUGAUCGAGAUGGUGAAAUUUUCAGAUAUAUAUUAAGCUUCCUAAGGACAUCUAAGCUACUGCUCCCAGAUGACUUUAAGGACUUUAAUCUUUUAUAUGAAGAAGCAAAGUAUUACCAGCUGCAGCCAAUGAUUAAGGAACUUGAGCGAUGGAAACAAGAGAAAGAACAAAGGAAACAUUUCCAGCCUUGUGACUGCUUAGUCGUAAGAGUGACUCCAGAUCUGGGGGAAAGAAUUGCAUUGAGCGGGGAGAAAGCUUUAAUAGAAGAGAUCUUCCCAGAGACCGGGGACGUCAUGUGCAACUCCGUAAACGCAGGCUGGAACCAGGACCCUACCCAUGUUAUUAGGUUUCCUUUGAACGGAUACUGCCGGUUGAAUUCAGUGCAGGUGCUCGAAAGAUUAUUUCAGAAGGGAUUUAACGUGGCAGCUUCAUGCGGUGGUGGGGUGGAUUCCUCUCAGUUCAGUGAAUACGUGCUGUGUCGCGAAGACAGACGACCACAACCUACCCCAACAAUCAGAAUAAAACAGGAGCCCCUGGACUAG